CAGUCUCUCCUGUGUUCUCUGUGUUCUUGGAUGUUUCAGUAACUUUUGUUCUUUUAGAAUUAAAAUCUUAAUUUUUCUGCACAUGGGUCCUCCUUCAAGUUUUUCCAAUCAUGACAACGAAACUAAACGAUAUAUGAUGAACAUGGACUAAAACCUCCACUCUGAACUUCUCUCUCUUCAGGAAGACUUGAGCCUCUGUAAAGAUGAGCGACCAGGACAGCAGCAGCAGCUCCUCCUCUCAGACAGAAGAGGAGCUCGAUGGAGAGAUGGAUGAGGAGACAAACGGAGAGGUGGAGAAGGAGGAAAGCCACAGAGACAGUCCGGCCCAGAGUCUGUCCACCUUCUCCUCCUCGCUGCGCGCCGUCAUCCGCAUCAAACAGAAGUACCAGGUCAUGAAGCAGCGGCGUCAGGAGAUGGCUCUGGCGCUGUCCGGAGCGGGAACCUUCCCUGGAGCUCCGACGAGAACCAGCCCCAAGAUCUUCACCUUCGAUGGAGUCACCCCCUCCGCCUUCCCCAUGCUCUCCUCCUCCAACCCUCAGAAGAAGAAGAGGAGGAGGAGGAAGAGGGUUCUGUUUCCAAACAGAGGAACCUGCAGGAGUCCGCCCAAGCAGGAGCGCAGCCGAGCAAAGUACUGCCUCUACCUGCUGUUUGCCAUCGUCUUUGUCCAGGUCUACAACGCCAUAGAGAACCUGGACGACCACGUCCUGCGGUAUGACCUGGAGGGACUAGAGAAGACUCUGAGGAGGGAGGUGUUUGGCCAGCAGGGGGCGGUAGAGGGUCUCCUGGUCCACCUGAAGGACUACCUGUCCACCUACGUCCACAACAAACCCUUGGUGGUGUCCCUGCACGGCCCCAGCGGCGUCGGGAAGAGCCACCUGGGACGCCUGCUGGCCGGACACUUCCGCUCCGUGGUCGGGGAGACUCUGGUGCUCCAGUACUACGUCCUGCACCACUGCCCCCAGGAGGCGGACGCCCUGCAGUGCGCCGGCGACCUCUCCGCCAUCAUCUCAGAGAUGGUGGAGCGAGCCGAGGAGGAGGAGAAGAUCCCGCUCUUCAUCUUCGACGAGGCCGAGCACAUGCAGGACGAGAUCCUGGACGCCCUGUGGACGCUGGUGGCGUCCAAGCAGUCCAACGAGUACCUGAACGCCAUCUACCUGUUCCUGAGCAACAUGGGUCACGCGCACAUCACCAAACACAUGCUGCACAACUCGUCCAGCACCUCCAUGGCGUCCGGGCGCCACAGCGCCCUGGUGAAGGAGCUGACUCCGGUGUUACGCAGCUCUCUGGAGAAGCUGCACCAGCUGUGGAGCGAGGCCAACAUCUUACCUCUGGGCCUCCUGGAGAAGGGUCACGUGAUGGAGUGCUUCCUGGACGAGAUGACUCGAGAGGGCUUCUACCCGGAUCACUCCAACAUCGAGCGCCUGGCGGGGGAGAUCGAGUAUUACCCCGCUGUAGGGGGGCACGAGUACUCUCAGACCGGCUGCAAACAAGUGGUGGCAAAGGUCAACCUGCUGUGAUCCUCCGCCGCUGUGCAGGAAAUAUCUGACAUUCUUUAAAACCAUGAAGAAGAGCAGCGCCAGGAGGCGGCGAGGAGGCAGCGAGGUCACAUGGUUACAAAACUUGAAUGACAAAACUCAGAGCCAAAGUUUUCAUAAGCCGUGAUGAAAGAAUGUAAGAGAGCAGCUCGGACGCUGAAGACGUUCGACUGUGUCGACAUGUGAAGAAGUCUGAAACCACCCGGUCCAGCUCUAACUCCAGAUCCUUAAACCUGGACCUGCUUUAACUCCAGAUCCUUAAACCUGGACCAGCUCUAACUCCAGAUCCUUAAACCUGGACCUGCUUUAACUCCAGAUCCUUAAACCUGGACCUGCUUUAACUCCAGAUCCUUAAACCUGGACCUGCUUUAACUCCAGAUCCUUAAACCUGGACCUGCUUUAACUCCAGAUCCUUAAACCUGGGCCUGCUUUACUUUUUUUAAACAUAUUUUAAAGACUAAAAGGAGUUUAGAACAUUUGGUGCAGCUCCAGCAGAUUGCUUCAGAGAGACAGGGUGUGGUGUCAGGACGAGGAUCUGAACUCGUCCUCUAGAGGAGCUGUCAGUCAGACAGAAUCCAGCGUGUGGAUUCUGUGCAGGGUCUGGAUUCUGUGCAGGGUCUGGAUUCUGUGCAGGUAAGAUGUUUUUAAACUCAACAGCUGUGAGAUAUUUCACUCCCCUGACUGGAACAGUCAUUUUAGCUUGCAGGACUCACUGAUCUCAUGCUUUCUUCCUCCAUUCUUCUUUGUUGAAACACUUUAAAACACUAAACCGACCCGGACUGCGUUCAAAGCUCUGAACCUGCAAAUCUUACUUCAAAUCUCACUUCCUGUGAGCUAAGAUGACUGCUUUGUCAGAGGAGGUGGAUGUUAAAGAUUUAAUCCAUCAGAAAGUUCUCUCUGUGCUGGAUGAAUCAUCCCUGUGAUAUUUAGACUGAAACAGAAAUAAAACACGGCCCAGGUUUGCAACAGAAAGACUUUUUAAAGGGCUAGUUCACCCAAAAUAUGAAAAGUUAGGAAAAAUGAAAAUUUCUAACUUAAAGCUCCUGUGAGGAUUUUUUAACUGGUUGUGAAAGAGACUGAAUUUAAUUCUGAUGCCUUAAAAAGACUCCAAAACACAAAGAAGAGCAUCAACAAAAAGGACUUCUUCUUUGUGCUUAUCUUUAAUAUUUGAAACUACAGGUGGAGGGUAGGUGACAUAAACGGAUGAACUGCUGAUUCAGCUUUUCUCUCACACAUUCAAGGCAAAGUUUUUCUGUGAGUGAUACAUUUGAUUGUUCGACAACAGGGUUCAAUUAUUUCUUUAAAAAAAAAAAAGAACGACGACACGUGUAAACCCUGCUUUGUCCACAGGGGGGCGCCAAAAUCCCCUCAAACCAAAAGUCCCUCACAGGAGCUUUAAUUAAAAAAAAUCUCUCCAUUCUGGCUCUUUUUCUAUUUUAAUAAAAAAAGGGAUUUUAAUUGUGAAUUUAUUACCAUGCUAACAUUGACGUUAGCAUUUAGCUUUGCCCAUAUAUGGCAUCAUACAGCUGCUAAAGUGCUGUAGUGUUUUUAGAUUUUAAAGGAGGGAAUAAUCUCAUAGACAGCUGUUAAGAAAUAUAUUUAAAGUCUAAACACAGCAGAUGUAGUUUUUCAGAUUUGGGUGAACUAUCCCUUUAACCCCUUUUUAAUAUUUUGCAGUUACAUUAUCAGGCAGCUCAACCCGACACACAGGAAUCAAGGUGAACCAGUAUUUGUAACAUUUGUGAGGGGAAUUCAGAGACCACUGACAGAGUUCAGAAGUUUGAAUGUUUGAAAUGUUAAAGUUUGAAUGUUUGAAAUGUUAAAGUUUGAAAUGUUAAAGUUUGAAAUGUUUGAAAUGUUAAAGUUUGAAGCAGCCAACGUGACUUUUUUUAACAUUAGUGUGAGUCUGACACAGAAAUGAACUUUAUGUGGAGACUUGUAUUUGCGUUCGAUCUGAUGGGAUCAAAUCAUGAAUAUCAACAUUCUGUAUUCAGUUUAUUUUCUGUAUGAACUUUAAUCUGUAGUUGGUGAAUCGACAUUAAAGACAACUUUCAAAUAA